AAAAAAUGCACCACAGCUAACUCAACAUGGUGUUGUACACAAUCUGAUGACGUCUCCGCUCGACAGAGAACUAGUUAUAAAAUAUCAAGUCCGAUGCAAAUGUUGACAGCAUCUCUACAGGCUGCUACCUGAGAGUCCAAAUUUGGUUCUGGCUUGCACGGAAUCUGUCAGGUGGUGCUGACGAGUGGAGAAGAAGAGUAUGUGGAGUGCUUGCGGUUCCCAUGGAGUCAAAGGACAUGAAGCAGGAGGAAAAUUCCGUUGCUUUGGGCUUGUUGACUCACCAGGCUCUAGGAAAACUCCGGGACCAGCUUAGCAACUUACUGGACCAGCACCUGAAGACAACAUGCAGACAGGGCUCUGUACAGGAAAAAUGGGUGAAUAGCUUCCUUUACCAUGGAAACCGACAUUCAUGUCUUCACUGGCCGGAAGCUGCUGUCACUGUGCUAGUGGCACUUGGACUCGUGUGUUGCUAUGGCAGUCAGCCGAAGGGCAGUUCUGGCAGUGAGCUGGUGAAUGCAAUCGCCCUCCUCAUCCUUUUGCUGUUGAAUCUGAUGCUCGUCAGAAGACAGGAGAGGCUGAAAAGAAGCGAGAUGGUUCGGCGUCUCAAAAGCAUCAUCGCACAACUCAAUGAUUACCUUUCAGGUUGGGUUGGCGAAGUGCAGUGGCCACCAUGUCUUUACCCUGAUCUCUAUACACCCUCGUCUCCAUCGUGGUCCCUUCACUGGACGUACCGUGACUCCCAGUUGGUUAAUCUGCCCGUCAGUCUGCUCGUGGAAGGAGAUAUAAUUGUUCUCAGACCUGGGCAAGAAGCAUUUGCCUCUCUCCGAGGGAUAAAGGAUGAUGAACACAUUGUUUUGGAACCUGGAGAUUUGUUCCCCCCGUCAUCUCCUUCCGCACCAGCAAAUGAGAAAAAAGGACCCCAGAACCCACAACAACAUCGUCUCUUCAGAGUGGUCCGAACUCCGGUUUUAGACAUUGUCAGGAAUAGUUUGGAGUUUGCAGGAUCCAGACCAGUUACAGUGCUCGACAACGAGAGGUUUACAGUCCAGUCCCUCAUCACCAAGCUUGUCUGUCCUGUUGUGCUGGUUACAUUUCUGCUGGUGAACUCCAUACGCUACUUUUGCGAUGCACCCAACCUCACCCCUAGUAGCUACAAUUUUUUGCAGCUUCAGUUGAUGGGUGUGCUUCCCGUCUUACCACUGCUAUUUCCUGUCAUGUGGGUGCUGGUCAAUGCCUUUGGAGAGGCGAGAGUCCUCGCGGAGUUCAGCCAUGGCUCUCCUGCAGGACUGCUUUCUAAAUUCUCCGAGGACACUCUAAGCAGCUACACUGAAGUGGUCUCCUCCCAGGAGAUGAUACUUUCCGUGUGGAGACACUUCAUUGGUGUUCUGAAGGGAGAGUCUCAGACACUUUGCUACACUUCCAACCUUUUACACACGCUUGGCUCUGUCACCGUAUUGUGUUGUGUGGACAAACAAGGCAUUCUGUCAUGGCCUAAUCCAAGCCCUGAGACAGUUCUGUUCUUCAGUGGAAGAGUUGAAAAUAGCCAGGAUGAUCUAAUAGACGGCCUGUCAAUCAACUCCUACUGCAAACUAGAGACCGAGGAUGGCAAGAACCAAGAGGCGGAGACUCUCCUGUGUUUACCAGAGGAGACCGCCACCCGAAUCGGAGAAAUACCUGAGCCCAGAGACACUUGGAAUGAUGCGACUCCUACAACAGACACACUAAUGCACUGGCGUUCCUGCCAACCUGUAAAUAGUCGCACCAAACACAACUCCGGGUCCAACGUGAGCUUCAGUCGUCAUACUGAAGGAGGCGAGGACCAAACUCAGGAAUUUCUUUUGGACAACCAAGAAAGUGAGGCCGAGGAUUACGUGUGUGACUAUCACCUGGAAAUGUUGAGUCUUUCACAAGAUCAGCAAAAUCCAGCAAGCAUUCAGUUUGAUGACUUAGCAUGGCAGUGUCACUUGCCUUCCCUCAAACCACUGGGCCUCAACAUCAUGCUCAACCUCUGCAACAAUAACGUCACUCAACAGCUCUGCUGCUUCUCCGAUCAUUUGUCCAACUUGGCACUGCAAGAGAGCCACGGCAGCGUGCAGCCCGUUUCUGUUCCUUGGGGGCUUUGCGAGCUCUCCAGGCUUAUAGGGUUCACUCCUGGGGCAAGGGAGAUGUUUGAACAGGAGAGCCACUUGGCUCUUUACCAGCUGCCAACUGGAGACAUGCCAAAAGAUGUGCCUUCGCACCGCUUGCAUUACAUCACUAAGCGUCAGCCUCCUAUCUCCCAUAUGAUCUCGCUUUUUGUACGAGACUCUUCCUCAGAGUGUGUCCAGAUGCUGUCCCAUGGCUCAGCUGAACUGAUCUUGGAGGCCAGCACUGACUUUUGGGACGGUGCUGAUAUUUAUCCCCUUUUAGGUUCUGACAGAAAAAAGAUUCUGGAUUUCUACCAACGUGCCUGUCUGUCUGGUUACUGCUCAGCCUUUGCAUAUAAACCCAUGCAGCGCUCGUUGUCCAGCCAACUGAACGGCAAGUGUGUGGAGUUGCCAUCCGGCCCCUGUCUAUUUUCAGGACUGGAGCUGUCCUUAAGCACCCCUAACAAGCAUCCUUCCUGCAGGAACAGUUGGAGCUCUGACGAGGGUAUCGGUGAAGGAACGGAAUGUGACGAUGGUGUGCAAGCCCUGAGCGGCCAGAUCUUCAUGGGCAUGGUUUCAUCCCAGUUCCAAGCCCGACUGGACACGGUUCGACUCAUUGACGCUUUGAUCACGGCGUGCAUUCGAUUUGUGUACUUCUCCAUGGAGGACGAACUUCGCAGCAAGGUUUUUGCAGAGAAAAUGGGCUUAGAGACCGGUUGGAACUGUCAUAUCUCACUGACUUCAAAUGGAGACGGUCCAUGUGAAGGAGCUCCCUCCAGCCCCUAUCAUGGCUCACUCCAUGAAGAUUCUCGAGAUGAAGCGGAAGGUCCGUUGCUGUCAGAGGAGGAAGUUCAUUCGGACCUGGCAAGUUUCCAGCCCACCGACAGUGAUCUGCCCAGCUUUCUGGAAGAUUGCAACCGGGCGAAGCUUCCGCGUGGCAUUCACCAGGUUCGACCUCAUUUGAAGAACAUCGACAAUGUGCCUCUACUGGUGCCACUCUUCACUGACUGCACCCCUGAUACUAUGUGUGAGAUGAUAAAGAUCAUGCAGGAGAACAGGGAGGUCACGUGCUGUUUGGGAAGCGCUGCCAAUUUCCGCAACAGUCGGCUUUUUCUGCAGAGCGACCUCAGUAUCGCUCUGGAACCACUGUACCCAUCCCAGUGUUCGUGGGAGACAUUCAGUCGCACCACGGGUCCAUUCAACAGGAACACCGAAGGUCUGUCUCCACUCAGACUCUCGGGGCAGCUUAAUAGUCUGGGCUGCUCUGUGGCCUUCCACCAAGGAGAGAGUGUCAGCAUGGCCAAGCUCAUAGAGCAAGCACGACAUACAACUUACGGCAUUCGCAAGUGCUUCCUUUUUCUGCUGCAAUGCCAACUCACUCUGGUCAUCAUACAGUUUUUAUCUUGUUUAGCUCAGCUCCCUCCUCCUAUGAACACUACGGACAUCCUCUGGCUGUCAUGCUUCAGCUGCCCGUUGCUAAGCCUGUCACUUCUGGGAAAGCCUCGAGAUAGUUCGGUCAUGACCGUUGCCACGGGGAAGAACCUUGACGCCAUCCCAAAGAAGACUCAAAACUACUUCCUUGGCUGCUUUGUUUUGAAGUUUGGCCUGACAGUGUGUGCCUAUUUGUUGGCCUUUGGAUUCACACUCCAAGAGGUGUGUUUGAGAAGCACAAACCUAACCAUGGUUGAAAAUGCCACUGUCAAAUGCCUGCAUAUACUCACAGCCAGCUCUUCAAACCAUGCUCCUCACUGGUUCACGGAUCUGUCAAAUGGCCUGCUACUGACGCAGAAAUUAAUGACUGCUUUCCUGGUCUUACAUAAAGUGGUCAUCUCGCUCAGCUAUGUCCACCGUUCCCAGUCUUUGUGGCGAAAAAGUCCUUUUAGCAAUGCCUGGUGGUGUCUCACUGUACCUGUGGUUCUGGUCAGUCAGAUUGUCCAGGCCACUGUGGAUUACCAGUUGUGGCAUGACCAAGACAGCCUCCUGAACUUUGGUUUGCGUGACAUACCUCUGCUCGGCUGGCUGCUCGUCUCGCUGUCUCUUCUGCUGGUGGUGAUAGUUAAUGAGUUGGUGAAGCUACAUGAGAUAAGGGUGCGGGUUCGCUACCAGAAGAGACAGAAGCUACAGUUUGAAACAAAGCUCGGAAUGAAUUCUCCAUUCUAAUGGGUGACGUUUGACAAGUUGACCAAUGAUUCUGCUCGGAACUGUGAAUAACAAAAGGAGGACUUUUACCACUUUUGCCAGGAUGAGUUGUAUCAGAUCAACUUGUGUGCUCUUUUUAGGCUUCAAAUGAUAAUCGUUAAAUGGAGGUCCUGUUUUUUUUAUUUUGCUCAGGGCCUCUGCAGCAUCAUAGCUUUGUCAUCUGAUUUGAAAUAGUUUUAAAGACUCGAAGGCACUGUGUUUGGUGGUGGACCUGAACCUCGACUGCGGUCCCAUCACUAUUGUCCUUGGGAAUUCUGACACAUUGCAAUCAAAUUGUUGGCUUUCAUCUGAAGAUAUCCUUCCUCAUAAUCAGCCAUACAUGAAACGCAACCAAUAUUACAGUUACAAGCAAUUAUGAACAUCCUCUAAAACUGAAAGCUACUUCUUAGGUACUGAUUAUUGUGAAGGCCUACUGAAAUCACCAAUUUGCUCAAAUUCCUUUUAUUUAUUUUUGUCAUCAGAUGUUUUUAUUGAUAUUUUAUUUUUUGGAAGUAAAAGGGGGGGAAAAAAAGCUGCUGUGCUGCUUGAUCUUAUUGAUGAUUUAUUGUUUUUUUUUACUUUUUUUUAUUUUAUUUUUUAACAACGACCUACGAUUGUCUGUUAUUGCGCAUGGGUAAAUUGUGAGGAGUAAAAUUGUGUUUAUAUUUCAAAUUCCAGAAAUUCAUUUCAACUGACCCAAGGAGGUGCAAUCAAAAUGUCAUUCUAAUUAAAUAACACAUAUCUCUUUUGUAUAUGUAUUUGUAUUUUUCUAUUAAAUUAUUUGGUUGAUUUA